AUGUCACGACGUGAGGGGGUGAGCUUGGCACUCUGCAGCCUUAUCCGCAGCAGAGGAGGGGCGAGAGCUGCGUCUGCAGCUAAGGAUAAGCAUCGGCUACAUAACGAUAGGGCAAACGACAAUGUGGUUGAGGAGGAAAAGGCUGAAAAUGAAGAGGAGGAAGAGGAGGAGGAAGAGGAGGAAGAGGAGGAAGAGGAGGAAGAGGAAGAGGAAGACGCGGAGGAGGAUGAGGAUGAUUAUGAUGAAGAAGGGGUAACUGAAGAAGAUUUUAAUGACGGAUCCUUCGCGUCGAAAUUGAAGAAGGAGUACAGGCGGACGCCGCCUGUGACCAAAGCGUAUCUGAUGGCAUCUCUGAGCGUGACGACCGCAGCCAUGCUCUUCAAUAAGAACCAGUGGCCCGAAUGGUUGCUCUUGGACUGGGCAAAAGUGGUAGGCCGCCUGCAGGUGAGAGAAAAGCAGGCUAUGGAGUGA